UCGGCGAAAGCGGCGACUCUCACUUCCGUGGACCCUGGAGCUCGGUGGCGUCCUUCCGGCUUCAGUGAUGGCUAAUGAAGCAAUGGAAUGUGACCUUCAGAUGGAAUUAGAACAGCCGGCUCCUGCAGAAGUGGUUAGCAGCCAAGGAGGAACACCUCUGCGUCUGCCUGCUCCUGCUGAGGUGGCCAGCAGCCAAGGAGGACCACUCCUGUUUCAGCCCUCUCUUGCAGAAGUGCUCAGCAGCCAAGGGGUGGGACCACUCCUCAUUCGUCCUGCUCCUGCUGAAGUGCUCAGCAGUCAGGCUGGGGGGCCACUCCUACUUCAUCCUGCUCCUAUUGAAGUGUUCAGCAGCCAGAAUGGGGGGCCACUCCUAAUUCAGCCUGCUCCUGCUGAAGUGCUCAGCAGCCAGGGAGGACUGCCUUUGCUUCAGCCUGUACCACAAGUGUCCAUUGAUCUGACAGAGGGAGUAGGGUCCUUGAGAGGAGAUAAUGUGGAAAACAUCAAUCCAGGAGCGUUGGAGGCCCAUGGACAGGGAUCUGGUGUUAACCACACAGUCAGGGUAGCCUCAUUGGAUUCAGUGAACAAUUUUAUCAGUGGGCUGCAAAGACUUCACGGCAUGCUGGAAUUCCUGAGACCCUCAUCUGCAGACCAUGGUGUGGGGCCGAUGCGAGCGAGGAGGAGGAGGGGUGCUGCUUCACGCAGGGCAAGAGUGGUAGGGUCUCAGAGGACAGACAGUGCCAGGUCAAGAGCACCGCUGGAUUCUUAUUUUCAAGUCAGUAGGACCCAGCCUCGCUUGCCAACCACCUCUUCUUACAAUUCAGAGGCUAGAGAUACUGUGUCUGAAGUCUUGCAUGGGUCAAAUGGUUCUGAUUCUGACAGUGAUAGCUCUACAGAGUUUGAAGAGGGUGUUGUCCAAGCAGAGGAAUCUAGAGAUGUUACUUUAGAAGGGCAACUAGAAAGCAUGUCAGCAGAGCAAGAAACUACAUGUGGUGGAGGAGAGACCAUCCCCAAACAGCAAUCUCCCCAGUUGUCCAGUCCUCUGCUAACUAAUGCUUCUGUGGAUGAGGAAGAAGGGGACACUUGCACAAUAUGUCUAGAACAAUGGACCAAUGCUGGGGACCACCGGCUUUCAGCCCUACGCUGUGGACACCUCUUUGGGUAUAGGUGCAUUUCUAAAUGGCUCAAAGGACAGGCACGAAAAUGUCCUCAGUGCAACAAGAAAGCCAAGCACAGUGACAUCGUUGUCCUUUAUGCCCGAACCCUGAGAGCUUUGGACACGAGUGAACAUGAGCGCAUGAGAAGCUCAUUACUGAAGGAGCAGAUGCUAAGAAAGCAAGCUGAGUUAGAAUCUGCACAGUGCCGGCUCCAGCUUCAAGUCCUCACUAAUGAAUGCACUAAGCUUCAUAGUCGUGUCCAGGACUUGCGAAAACUUAUUCUAGAACAUCGGGAUCAAAUUUCACAGCAGCUGGGGGCCUCCCAAGCAGGUUUCCUGAACUGCCUACCCCAUAGCCAGAGCCAGCGCAAGUACCGUUUCCAGAAGACCUUCACAGUGUCUCAGUCAGGAAAUUGCCGAAUUAUGACAUACUGUGAUUCUUUGAGUUGUCUGGUGAUGUCACAACCUUCCCCUCAGGCUUCCUUCCUUCCAGGCUUUGGUGUUAAGAUGUUGAGUACUGCCAACAUGAAAAGUAGUCAGUACAUCCCCAUGCAUGGCAAACAGAUCCGAGGGCUGGCUUUCAGCAAUCAUUCCAGAGGUUUACUGCUUUCUGCUUCCCUGGACAACACUGUUAAACUGACCAGCCUGGAGACAAAUACUGUGGUUCAGACUUACAAUGCUGGCCGUCCUGUCUGGAGCUGCUGCUGGUGUCUUGAUGAAAAUAAUUACAUGUAUGCUGGCCUGGUCAAUGGUUCAGUUCUUGUAUAUGACCUUCGAAACACGAACUCGCCUGUGCAGGAGCUAAUUCCUCAGAAAACUAGGUGCCCGCUGGUAUCCCUGUCAUACAUACCUAGAGCUGCCUCGGCUGCAUUUCCGUAUGGAGGGGUAUUGGCUGGAACCUUGGAGAAUGCUUCCUUUUGGGAACGGAAGAUGGACUUUUCUCAUUGGCCUCAUGUACUGUCUUUGGAAUCAGGGGGGUUUGUAGACUUCCAGAUAGAAAGCAGUACCCGGCACUUUCUUGUGACUUAUAGGCCUGAUAAAAAUCACAAUACCUUACGAAGUGUCCUAAUGGAGAUGUCCUAUAAACUAGAUGAUGCUGGAGAGCCCAUCUGUACCUGCCACCCUAUUCAAACAUUCCUAGGGGGACCCACUUGCAAAUUACUGACCAAAAGUGCCAUUUUCCAAAGUCCAGAGAAUGAUGGCAGUGUCCUGGUAUGCCAUGGGGAUGAAGCAUCAAAUUCUGCCCUGCUGUGGGAUGCUGGCAGUGGCUCAUUACUGCAAGGUCUGCAGACUGAUCAGCCCGUCUUGGACAUCUGCCCAUUUGAAGCGAACCAUUCUAACUACUUGGCUACCUUAACAGAGAAGACAGUCCACAUCUAUAGGUGGGAGUGACCAAUAGUCUUGAAACUUACCAGGCAUGCUGCCACUUAACAUUAAAUGUUUGCUAGCACCCAACAGCCUUGGCAAAGAUUCCCUCGUUACUGUCUGUGGCCUUGAACUUUUGGGAAACAUGUUCCUUUGGGUAAGUAUGAUUCUAGGACGCUGAGUCUCUGCAGGUUGUCUUAUUUACAGUGGCUAUCGAAAGAGUGACUGGCAUUACAUGUACAUUAUCCAUUUCUUAAGUUUUAAGCCUUUGAGUCUUCAUUGAGGAUCUUUCUUUCAAUUAGACUUUUGCUAGAUCGCCAGGAACAUCCUCCUAGCAUCCAUUUAGCAUGUGAGUGUGCACCAAGCAUUUUCUGGGGGAGGUGACACCUCCAAUGAGUGAUCUUAGCACUUGGUCUGUUUGGCUUGAGAAUGCUUAUGUCUUAAAGAGACUAAACCAUCUUUGGCUGCAUCUUGGAUAUAAAAGAGCUCAGUUGAACACAAGAGGGCAUUAUAAAACCUUGUGUGGGAUUUGAUCUGUUUCUGACCGUGUGAGCACAUCUGUUCUGCUUUGUGGCAACAACAUUUACAGUCCACGUAUGCAAGUUCUGGGAUAUUGGAAAGCCCAGUGAUGGAGGCAGCUGUUGCGCUUUGACCCUGCUCCCUUUCUUCUAGGCCCUUUUCUAAUGCCAACUGCAUUACGUUCCUGACAGUGUGGGAGUUGAGGGAAGAGGCCAGUUAUUUGAGCAGUAGGGGAGACUCAUUUUUUUCUAGCCUUAGGUUCUCAAGAUGACUGAAGUAACCCGGUGCUUAGAAGACUUCUCCUUUCCCCCCACUAACAAAGAUGAACAGCAAUAACAUCAGAACUUUUAACUUGAUUCUCUCUUUGUGUUAAAUAUCAGGAGUAAGGAGCUAACUAGGAGAGACUUUUAAAAAAUGCUCAAACUGCUGCUGCUGAAAAUAGGAGAAGAGUUUGUUUCUUCUAUUUUGAAAGAGUCCUUAUCUGAAUAAAGCCAGCUUCUCAAAGGGGGCUGUUAUUUAGUUUAUAAUUUUUCAGGUAAAUCUAUCUUCAUGUAAAGCUGAUACUUGGUUUCUCUGGCUUGUGUCCCCUUUGCCCUCCCUUUUUUUCCCCAAAAGUGUUUGUAAAAUGGUUAUUCUCAGGAAGACAAUGGUGGUUGGAAACCUGUGUGGAUUACAGAGAGCUAUUCAGUAACAUUAACUCCAUAUAUUCCAACCUUAGCUGCACUUUCCCCCAAUAGAGCAUUCAGUUUGUUUGCUCUCUCUAAGGCAACUUUGCUUAACUGCUGUCCACAACAGUACAUGCUGCAAAAUGUGGGUAGUCAGUUCACUGUUCUUGGGAGCAGGGUAGCUAAACUAGUAAUUUUCUUAAAUUGUAUAAAUGUUAUUUUUAUUUUGAAACAGUCCUAGCCUGUCAACUCCUGAGCUGUUGCCAGUAUUUCUCUGUAGUGAGGACUUAUUGUUGUUAGGUUUCCCCAGAUUUCCAAGUCCUAGUUAGACCUUUUUAAGAGUAGCCUCCUUUAAGGACAUCUUUCCAAAAAAAUCAGUUUCCAGAAAUUGAGAGAAAUCCCUUAUUUCUCAAAGGAGAUACUCCUUUUGAAGUGUUGGUGUUUAAGAAUGACUUCACAGGCCUAAAGCUUGGUGGCAGAAAGGGAGUUCAGUUAAAAAGCAGAACUCAUUUACUUUCAGCAUAUUGUCACAGAGGAUGCAGGUGGUCAAGCCCUGACUGCCAUUCUGUUUGGCAGAGUCAAAACCCAGCAUAGGGCUAAGAUCUAAGUAAUGUUUGGAAUAUACACAAUUAAUGUAGAUUGAAUCCCAUAAGCUUUGAAACCAGGGGACUUACUACCAGGGAAAUUGGGUGAAUCUUACAUCUUUCAAUCCUGUACUCCUCUAGUGAAGAAAUUCAUGUAACUAUAGCUGAUUUCUCCCAAGGAAGAAACUUAGCCUCUAACCAUCCCCAACUUCCACCCUUUCUGCCUGGCAGAAAACGUCUCUAGACCCAGGCUCUGGUAUCCUGUGUAACACCAGACUCUGCUGGUCUGGUUUUCUCACCCCUAUGUCAAAGAUUUUCCCAUUUGAGGGUUUGGAAUUAAUCAGAUUCAAAAGAUCUUGUAGCUAUGUACCUCUUUUUAAAACAUCAGUGAAGUGUCUAUGUUCUUGUGUGUGUGUUUUCUAUUUUUAAUGUU